AUGAAAAACCAACUCGAUAGCGUACAGCGUGACUACGAAGAAACGAUGGCCGAGCGAAGCACAGUGUUGGAGGAGAACACGCGCAUGUGCGAAGAACGCGACCGCCUGAGACAGACCGUACAUGCUUUGUCGCGGACGUUGAACGAACUCCGCUACAGAUCGGUAGGCAUCAUAAUGUAA